AUGGCGGAGGAGAUGCUUUCUCCUUCCGAAGUGAUCCGAGUCCUGAAAUGUGGAGUCUGCUGGGGGUACCUACACAAACCACAUACUCUAAAAUGUGGUCAUAGCUUUUGUUUAAGAUGUCUUUACAGAAUCUGCAAAAUUGCUCGAAACAACGAUGCGCAUGCCCUGCUCUCUUUUCUAAAGUUUCCGUGUCCCACGUGUAGGUCACCCAUGCGUGCUCGAUAUAUCUUGCAGCGUAAUGCACGUGUCAAUUUCGCAAUUCAGGAGUAUGUCAAUCAUUGGAAGAGAGAAAGGAAUAACAUUCGAGAAAUAUUCAAAUUAAAAGUGAGAUCUGUUGGUUGCCAGUACUCAUUUCGUGAGGAACAGGACGCACAGUCUGAGGACCAGUUCUCACCAGUGUCAGCUAUAGAGUAUAACCUUGUAACCACCAGACUGGAUGCAUCUUCCUUCCUAUCGAAUGUUAUCACCAGUGUGUCUUCCGUUUCAAUCGUAUCGGAGGAGGACAGUGCAUUUACAACUGAUACAUCCACACAAGAUUCUGAUGACCUUGGCUUUCAUAUAGGGAUUCAUCAAGGUCGAGGUCGUGUAAGAGGUCAAGGACUCCAUGGAGCUUAUCAAAAUUUCGUAGAAGACAUUACUUUCACGUUUAGAGAUAUGUUCCGCUCUCCAAAUCGCUCCAUCAUGGCAAUGGUUUGGUGCGGUUACACACUUUCAAUUAUGUUAAUAGCAAAUGGCUUCUUUCCAUAUAUGGCUCUGUACAGUCUCUUGUUCUUCCUUGUACUGUACGCGGAGACCAUCCAGCAACGACGAAGAUAAUGGAAUAAAAUAGAAAAUGUUUUUCCUCUGAUUCCUUAAGAACUAGUGGGUUUUUUUUUCCACAUCUUACGACCAAAAUAAAAUUUAAAAAAUC